CGAUUGACUUGUGGUUUUACUUCUCCAACUUCCCCUCUUUGAUUCCUCCGCUCCAAUCGCGAAGCCGGAUUGUUCUCGGUCGACGAGGGGAAGGCGCGGGUCGAUCUUGCUCAAGCGAACCGGGAGAUCGUUGAUCGUUAGGUACCAGGAUCGGAACCCAUGGCUUCCCGCAGGAGAACGCUUCUCAAAGUGAUCAUUCUCGGCGACAGCGGGGUUGGGAAGACGUCUCUAAUGAAUCAAUAUGUGACUAAGAAGUUUAGUAACCAGUACAAAGCUACAAUUGGAGCCGAUUUCUUAACCAAGGAAGUGCAAAUCGAUGACAGGUUGUUCACGUUACAGAUAUGGGAUACGGCAGGGCAGGAAAGGUUCCAAAGUCUAGGUGUGGCAUUCUAUCGUGGUGCAGAUUGUUGUGUUCUUGUCUAUGAUGUAAAUGUUGGGAAAUCAUUUGAUAACCUAAACCGUUGGCGGGAAGAAUUUCUGAUUCAGGCAAGCCCCUCAGAACCAGAUAACUUCCCAUUUAUAGUCUUGGGGAAUAAAGCAGACAUUGAUGGCGGUAACAGUCGAGUGGUUUCUGAGAAGAAGGCAAAGCAAUGGUGUGCUUCAAAGGGCAACCUUCCUUACUUUGAGACAUCUGCUAAGGAGGGAACAAAUGUGGAAGCUGCUUUCCAGUGCAUAGCCAGCAUUGCUCUCAAGAAUGAACCAGAGGAGGAAAUAUACCUACCGGAUACUAUCGAUGUGGCCACCGGCAGGGGGCAGCAAAGAUCAACUGGCUGCCAAUGCUAGACAAACUCAGGUAGCUCAAUUCUCUUUUACAGGUUAUGGGGUUCAUAUAAACUGUAAUAAGUGAUUCGAUUUACUAUGUCUUCUGGAUCUGUAUCAUUUAUUAAGAGGAUGUCCACUAUGUUGUUAUCCUUCGGGUUGAACUGCGUCAUUGCUUCAUUUCAGCCAAAUGAAGGUGUAUUCCCCAUUUUAGCUUGGAACUGAACUUAAAGUUUCAGAGGUAGAUUGACACAGAACAAAUAAAAUUCUGUCUGCUCUA